UUUUUGGGGGGAGUGCACAACUGGGGCUGGUUGGUAAAACCAUGACACACACACACACUAUCUCUCUCCCUCUCUCCUCCUCACACACACACAGAAAGGAUUGCUGGAGGUGGGUUAACCUCACCCCCGUGGCAUGACCAGGAUCAGCAGGGGAGAAAAAUUUGGUAGCAGGAAUGGACAACCUGUGGCUAGCUGCAAGAAAGGCCUUCGAGGGCUGUGUGCAGGCUAUAGGUUGCCAACACCCUGCUCUAGAGAAAGUGUUCCACAUAAACAUUUGGAUUUCCCCAUUACAGGAACUAUAUUUCCAGAACCUUUCCAAACAGAAACAAAAGCAAGGAAUGGAGAAGAAUGGGAACAACCGGAAGCUUCGAGUUUGUGUUGCUACCUGCAACCGGGCUGAUUAUUCCAAAUUGGCCCCCAUCAUGUUUGGCCUUAAAGCAGAACCGGACUUCUUUGAGCUGGAUGUUGUAGUUCUGGGAACCCACCUGAUUGAUGACUAUGGUAACACUUACCGUAUGAUUGAGCAGGACGACUUUGACAUCCACACGAGGUUACACACAAUAGUAAGAGGAGAAGAUGAGGCGGCCAUGGUGGAGUCUGUAGGCCUUGCCUUGGUCAAACUACCAGAUGUCCUCAAUCGCUUGAAGCCCGAUGUAGUGAUAGUCCAUGGAGAUAGGUUUGAUGCUCUAGCACUGGCUACAUCUGCGGCCUUGAUGAACAUUCGGAUUCUUCACAUUGAAGGCGGAGAAGUCAGUGGGACCAUAGAUGAUUCUAUUAGGCAUGCCAUAACUAAGCUGGCUCAUUACCAUGUGUGCUGCACAAGGAGUGCAGAGCAGCAUUUGAUUUCUAUGUGUGAAGACCACGACCGCAUCCUCCUGGCGGGCUGCCCUUCAUACGAUAAGUUGCUGUUAGCCAAAAAUAAGGACUACAUGAGUGUUAUCCGCAUGUGGUUAGGUGAGGAUGUAAAACCAAAGGAAUAUAUAGUUGCUUUACAGCAUCCAGUGACCACAGACAUUAAACAUUCCGUAAAGAUGAUUGAAUUGACUAUAGAUGCCCUCAUGACUUUUAACAAGAAGACAUUGGUUUUAUUCCCAAAUAUUGAUGCAGGGAGCAAAGAAAUGGUUCGGGUAAUAAGGAAGAAAGGUGUUGAGCACCACCCAAAUUUCCGAGCAGUAAAACAUGUUCCAUUUGACCAGUUCAUUCACUUAGUGGCUCACGCCGGCUGCGUGAUUGGGAACAGCAGCUGUGGCGUGCGAGAAGUCGGGGCAUUUGGUACUCCUGUCAUUAAUCUUGGAACACGACAGAUAGGGAGAGAAACAGGUGAAAAUGUCCUUCAUGUUCGUGAUGCUGACACCCAGAACAAAAUACUGCAUGCUCUGCAUCUCCAGUUUGGGAAACAGUAUCCUUGUUCAAAAAUAUAUGGAGAUGGGAAUGCUGUUCCAAGAAUUUUGAAAUUCCUUAAGUCUAUUGAUGUCCAAGAGCCCAUUCAGAAGAAAUUCUGCUUCCCUCCUGUAAAAGAAAGCAUCUCCCAAGAUAUUGACCAUAUCCUAGAAACACAGUGCGCACUGGCAGUGGACCUGGGUGGAACAAACCUCCGAGUAGCAAUUGUUACAAUGAAGGGUGACAUAGUUAAGAAAUAUACUCAGCUCAACCCCAAAACCUAUGAGGACAGAAUAGAACUGAUCCUUAAGAUGUGUGUAGAGGCUGCCUCAGAAGCAGUAGAUCUGAAUUGCAGAAUUCUGGGUGUGGGCAUUUCUACAGGCGGACGGGUAAAUCCAAGAGAAGGUGUUGUUCUUCAUUCCACAAAACUUAUUCAGGAGUGGAGUUCUGUUGAUCUGCGGACUCCGAUAUCAGAUGCUCUACAUUUGCCAGUGUGGGUAGACAAUGAUGGCAACUGUGCAGCUCUGGCAGAGAGAAAAUUUGGGCAUGGAAAAGGAGUGGAAAACUUUAUAACCCUCAUCACUGGGACAGGUAUUGGCGGUGGAAUCGUUCAUCAAAAUGAAUUGAUCCAUGGAAGCUCUUUUUGUGCUGCUGAGCUUGGGCACAUUAUGGUAGCUAUAGAUGGACCUGAGUGCCUGUGUGGGAGCCAUGGAUGUAUAGAAGCAUAUGCUUCUGGAAUGGCCUUGCAGAGAGAAGCUAAGAAAUUGCAUGACGAGGAUUUAUUGUUAAUUGGCGGGAUGUCUGUAAUGAAAGAAGAGACAGUAACUGCUGCACAUCUCAUACAAGCAGCUAAACUGGGAAAUCCAAAAGCUGACAACAUUGUUAGAACAGCAGGUACAGCUCUGGGCCUUGGAGUUGUGAACAUCCUGCACACCAUUAAUCCCUCCCUUGUGAUACUUUCUGGCGUCUUGGCAAGCCAUUAUGUCAACAUUGUCAAAGAUGUGAUCCAUCAGCGGGCCUUGUUCUCCGUACAGGCAGUGGAUGUGGUUGUCUCAGACCUGGCAGAUCCUGCCUUGCUUGGAGCAGCUAGCAUGGUCCUGGAUUAUACCACACGCAGGAUAUACUAGACACGUGGCCAAAAAAGAGCAAGAAAUAGAAAUACAACAUUGCAGCUUAUAGUGGCUCUUUUGGAAAAGAUUUCUUACUGAUGUCAACUUUCUUUUUUAAUUAGGUAGCAGGUCCUUCAGUUUCCUCUUCCAAAAUACUUUUCCCCUUGUUUUUAUAAUGUGCAGUUUCAUUGUAUGCUGGAAGAUCACAAGAUACUAGAAAGGUGGCUCACAGUAGGACUCUCUCACAGACCGUUUUGAAACUCAACAAUUCAUGGGGAUGCGAGAUAUUAAUUUCCUUACUUCUUCCUGCUCAUGGAUAUUCCAUGUUAGCCAAAUGCGUAGCCUUUUCAAUAACCAGAAACUGUGACAGUCAUUAAUCAAGCCAAGAACCCUCACUUACAGAUGUACAUAUAACCGUUCCUGCCUCUGCAGAGGCUAAAAUGCACAGCUGUGAUCUCCGCUUGAAGAGAAGAGACUACAUACAACCAUCUAAUGCUAGAUUAUCCAGUGAUACGCUGUGCCCAUCCAUGUAUUUAUUUGUUAAAGUAAUAUUUAAAAGUCCUUGUUGGGAAGGAGAGUGCAAUGGUACACAGUGCACUUAGAGGCAUAGCUUCCGAGAGCUUACAUACUAGGAUGAAAGAAGUACUAGCUUUGUCUCAGUCACCUGUGGUGAUGGUGUGUGUGUGUGUUUUUAAAUGCAACCUAUCUGUAACAUAGUCUUAUCCCUCUCAUUUGUAGAGGAUCAUGCAGCCAAAUCUCACAAGUCAUUUGUGUUACAGGCUGCUUUUACUCAAUUGAUCCAAAUUGCUAGACAAUAGCUGGAGACCGGCAUCUUGGCUGACUUGGUAUAUAAGUUACUGCUUUGUGCUUGUCGCCUGAAUCAAUCCCACACUUAUAACUGGCCUUCGAAGAUGUUAAACCAUUUUAGCAGCCCAAGAGCCCAAACACCAAUCUGUUAAAUCCUCUUUUUACCGCGAGGAUCUGAGCAGAUAGUAUCAAAAGUCAGCCUAGCAAAAUUCUAUGAUACUUCAGUAUUAGUGUACCUGACCAUCAGAUUUGAAGAUCAGGAAACCAAAUUUCAAAUUUAAUGAAUCAGUCGCCUCACCUACAUUGCUACUAAGUGUACUUACUUGGAAAUAAGGAAUGCUUCUUUUAACAGCACUGUGGGUGUGCCAGUGUUUGAUUUAUGUUUGCAGCACACAUAAAUGGGAGACACGUGGCCUAAAAAUGCUCAAAGACAUUUAGCGGACGCUUGCAGGGGAACCAUGAUCAGCUGCGCUCCCUGGUGUGUUUAAGGAUGUAGUUUUCUCCUUCAGGUGUUGAGUACAGCAAAUACCAGCUCUAUGUCCCCUUGAAUUCAGAGGGACUUGCUUUUGAGCAAUCAUGUUUAGGAGUGUCAGGACACAAAUCUGAUUUCUUCACUCUAUUUUAAAGGCAUUUUAAAAAUGCAGCAUGAUAGAAUGUUAGUGACAUAAGUUGAACAGAGGUACUUGAGAACUCCCAUCCUAAAAGCUAUAAAAAUAGCUGCUUUAGUUUUUAGAGCACUAUAAUAUAAAAAACAAGUGUACUUGGCCAUCAGAUUUGAAGAUCAGUACACCAGAUUUGAAACUUUGAAUUUAAUGAAUCCAUUAAAUUUCAUAUUGACUUUGAA